UAAAUCCCAGGGCAGCAGGUCCUUCAAGGCUAGCAUUGCAAUUUCAAUUAGCUCCUGAGUGAAAGCUUGGCAUGUGUAUUAGUGAGCAGGGACACAAUUAGCUUAAUCUUCCUUUCCGUGUUGUGUUGAGAGGAUCCAAACUGGUGGUGGAUCAGGCAAGCCAGGCAUCACUGGAUUUUGAAGAAGGGAGUUGCUCAGACCUCCACAUAUUCACUUGCUCACGCUGGAAUUACAGAGAUUUAUUACAAAGCACUGUGUGGCUUGGUGAAGGGUGCCUCGAGAGACACUCCGGAUAGCACUUGAGCUUCGUCUUUUGAGUGCUUCACCGCUCUGUCUUCGUCUCAUCAUUAGCAUGGAGCCCAACAGCCCCAAAAAGAUACAAUUUGCUGUGCCUUUAUUCCAGAGUCAGAUUGCUCCAGAGGCAGCCGAGCAGAUCAGGAAAAGAAGACCUACACCAGCAUCCCUUGUGAUUCUCAAUGAACAUAAUCCCCCAGAAAUUGAUGAGAAGAGGGUGACUAACACACAAGAAUCGCAGAAUGCAUCCCCUAAGCAAAGGAAGCAGAGUGUGUAUACGCCACCAGCCAUGAAAGGCGUUAAGCAUCUGAAAGGCCAGAAUGGAUCGGCAUUCCCAGAAGAAGAAGAAAGUGCGAGUGAAAAAGAAGAGAAGUGGAAACAUUAAUUACCCAUCAGUAGCAAGAGGGUUUCUUGGAAAUAACUGGACUGUACACUCUUCUGAAUAUCCAAUGGCACUCCAAAGCUCCGCCUCCAGCAUCCUCUUCCGUCUCAUCCCCCACCCCCACAGCAGUGUGAUCCCCAUAGAAGCCUACUUGACUGAACUGUGAAACCGAGUGCAGAUUGUUACGACUUGCAGUAAAGAAUAGCACUGAUUUUACCACAAUUUUUCUUUUCAACUAAUCAAACCUAGGAAUCUGCUACCAUGUGAAUACUUUGAUACUGCCAGAGCUUAACUCCUCCUGGCCUAUGACAUAAUUUACACUCUAAGGUCAAAUGUAGAGAGCAUUACUCCAAAAGUACAAAGUAAAUCCCAAGUGCACUUGGCCAAGUGUGAGUGGGGAUUCAUGGAAGGGGAGAGUCUACAGAAGCUUCUAAGCAGUAACCGCAUCUAGCAGGUUUCUGUGUCUAGAUCAGACCAGAGUUCAAGAAGACAAUGAUAGAUAGAUGUCAGAUGUCUUGACUCAAAACCCCACAUCAGCUAUGAAAUGAUUUCCAUCCAGUAGUGUGUUAGCAGAUACUUAAAGAAACAAAUGUCCCUUUAUUUUCUAAGCUGAGCAAUGUUGGCUUCUCAGCAUCAUCUAAUCAUUGAAAAGGAAAUGCUAAAUUUAUAAUAAAACAGAGCAAAUCUCUUCUGCUUUUUCUUUCCCUUUUUCUUCUUUUUUUUUUCUUUUUGUUAACUAUUUGAAGUUAUGCCAUCUAUAUUGUAUCGCUUUUGUUUGUCUGGGCUUUUCAUUGUUUCUUUUUGUUUUCUUGGUGCUAGAGAAUAAACCCAGGGCUUUGUAUACGCAAAUAUUCCUCUAGACUCUGUCCUCAGUCUUAUUGCAGUUUAACAUAUCCUGACUGUUUUAUUCUUCUUCUCUAUGAUAGAAUAAAAAAAAGUCUCAUUAAUUCAGCCAUAGACUCAUCCAUUAAUUUGACAGUACUUUUCGUGGAGUUAAAAAAAAUUUGCUGUUAAAAAAAAUUGCUGUUACUUGGAGUUUAGUAUUAUGUCAUUUUAUCUUUCUCUUUCCUCUCAAUAAACCUUUCAACACACCA